CGAUGUCGAACCGCAAGCAGCUCUGGUGGGGAAUCGGCCUGGCGUUGCUAAUGGUGGUUAGCUGUCUGGUCGAGUCAACGGACGCCAGAAGACACCGUUCGAAGAGCCGCCACCGUUCACCGAAGGGAGUGAAUAUCGAGAUCUACCAUCCGAAGGGUGUUUUGAUUUGGUAUCCCUACCGCCCGGGGUUGGAGGCCUUCGGGAUCGAAAUUUUCAUCAACAAACCCAACCCCGGAGAGGACAGCUCGGAAGAGGCACCUCUUUGUGAUAUCUGUCUCAAUACGACCGAAAUCACGUACGGAAAGUUCAUCUUGCGCAGCGACGACGCGAUCAUCCGGAGCCGCGAUCAUCUGUUCUAUAACGCGAUCCUGCAGAAAGCCGGUGCCAAAGCUAGCGUUUCGCGCUCGAAUGAGUUCUACGUUUCAGAGAGUCGCAUUUUGCUGGGCAGCGUUACGGGUGAAGCUUCCUCGUGCAACAAGAACGCCAACUCGGCCCUAACCACGGCAACGCAGCGUAUUGGCAGCAGCGAGGUGGAGAAGCUGCGUGGUGAGGUGAAACUUCUGGAGGAUAUUCUGCUCGAGGUGAACCAAAAGUGUUACGCCGGACAGAAUCAAACGAAACAGCUACAUCUGACGGCAGAGACACCGACACGCUACGAAGGAGCGAAAGAGCUGUACGAGUUUGCGGCGAAUUGGCUGAACAGCGCGUUGCCAACCAUCAACUGGAACCGGACGCUGGUGGAUGCGUUUUACGUGAACGGGGGAAUCGGCAUCGAGGUGCCCACUAUUAUCGAAAAGCAAAAGAUCUUUAAGCUGGCCGAAGCACUGCCGGGACAGCCGAUCAGCGAUCUCGACCUGUUCCACACGGAGGACAUGGCGAACGAGAUCGACGCUUGGUCUUGAAGCUAUACUGACUGUUUUAUAUUUCGUAUUUGUUUUAUUAUGGUCGCCUCGGACUCGGACCCCGGACGAUUCAAAGACCGUUUGCUUUUAUUAGAAUAAAAUUAUUGUUUUGACUGCA